AACAUGAGGGCGACGCGCACCCCCCACGGCCUCCUGCGUGCGUGCGUCCUCUCCUGCCUCGUCGUGUCCCUGCUGAGCUCCGGCCGGGACCGGGACCGGGACCAGAACCAGAACCGGGACCAGAACCAGAACCGGGACCAGAACGUGCAGUUCAUGCUCAGCUUGUACCGGAGCGCGGCGGAACCGGACGGGAGGCCCAAGCAGCACCGGAAGUUCGGCUCCAACACGGUGCGGCUGAUCCGAGCCUCGGCCUCCACGGUCCACUACCAGCCUGCAGCAAGAGACCACCACUACACCUUCACGGUCCAGUACCACCUGGACACUCUUCCCUCCGAGCAGCUGAUCCGAGCCUCUUUCAUCCACCUCCGCUCUUCAUCCCCUCCCUCCUCCUCAUCCUCCUCCUCCUCCACCCCCUCCUCCAGCAGCGCCCCGGCCCCCGAGCCCCUCCGCUGCAGAGGUCAGAUCCCGUCCCUGGGCCCGGGCAGCCGGGUCACCCUGGAGCCCCAGGAGCAGUGGACGGAGACGGACAUCACGGAGCACGUCACGGGUCACUUCCUGCAGAGGAAGGACCAGGACGCCGGCGGCGGAGGACCCUUGACCCUCACGGCCCAGUACUGGUGCACGGAACCUUGGCUCGCCGGGGAGCACAGCGGCCCCUGGUGGUGGAGGUCUCGUCUCCGAGGACAACGGCGAGAGGACGCUCACCUGGAGGUCCCGUCCCUGCUCCUGUACCUGGAGGAAGGGAGGGAAGGGAAGGACUGGAUGGCCGAGCUGCUGGGGGCUGAAGGUCAGGACAUCAUGAGACAGAUCGGGCGGUGGCACCCUGCUGUGCGCCGCCGCCGCCGCCGCUCCACAGACUCGUCUUCAGAGUCCAGGGACUCGUCUUCAGAGUCCCAAGACCCCCUGCUGGACGCUCUGAGGAACGCUCCGACCUCCACGUCCUCCUCCUCCUUCUCCUCCAGCCCCUCGGCCUCCAUCGCCUCCUCCUUCCCCACCUACAAACGCAAAACCAGCGUGCCCAAGAACCGCUGCAAGCUGCACUCGUUCCGCCUCUCCUUCGACGAGCUCGGGUGGGGCCACUACUUCAUCGCCCCCCCGGUGUACAACCCGCGCUUCUGCCAGGGCGACUGCCCGCGCCUGCUGCCCAGCGAGUACCACUCGCCCAACCACGCCAUCAUCCAGACGCUCAUCAACGACCUGGGCAUCGGGGACGUGCCCCCCCCGUCCUGCGUGCCCUGCAAGUACAUGCCCAUGAGCGUGCUGGUGGUGCACAAGAAGAAGGUGGAGUACAAGGAGUUCGAGGACAUGGUGGCCAAGUCGUGCACGUGUCGCUGA